AACAUUCUCAGGUCAAAGUUGCUUCUCGCUACGGCCGCGAUGUCGACGGUUUCGAUUCAUCGGAACGAGCUGCUUCGAAUCACACACGGUCGAUCUCGAAUAUUCCGGCAGAGAUUUCGUAGAACUAUCCCUCUUUGGAAAUUAACGAUUAAUUCGAGAUCUUCUGAUACGUCUAAGAAGGAAGAGCUUUCUGUGAAGAUUUCGAAUUCGCCUAUGAAGAUUCCUCCUCAAGUUGAACAAAUCAGACCUGAAGGUUUGAGAUUCGAUCGUUUGCAACCUUCUGAGUUAGAGUUUGGUCAGGAAGAUAGAUUCGAAUUUGGUAAAUUCGUAGCUAGAGAAGCGAUGCUUGAUGAAGAGUAUUGGACUGCAGCUUGGCUUCGUGCAGAGAGUCAUUGGGAAGAUCGUUCCAGUGAAAGAUAUGUUGAUAACUACAAAAGGAAAUUUGCAGAACAGGAGUUCAAUGCCAUAAAACGAAGAUGUAAAGGGAUGCAAGGGCAAAAAUGUUCCUGUAUUGUUGCGGUAAAGAAGGAAGAGAAGCAUAUUAAACGUUCAGUAAUCAAAAGUGUAGUUGGGACGCUUGAUUUGAGCUUUCGGUUUUUCUUGCAUGGAGAGACCUUUCCUGGGGAAAAGGUGAAGUCUCAAUUAUUCUGCAGCAUAAACCGGGAAGGAUCAAUUAGGUAUGGUUAUAUUGCUAAUCUAUGUGUUGCGAAAUCAGCUCGCCGCCAGGGCAUUGCUUGCAACAUGUUACGUUUCGCUGUCGAAUCAGCCAGAUUGAGUGGAGUUGAACAAGUAUAUGUUCAUGUACAUAAAAACAAUUCAGUUGCUCAGGAGUUAUACCAGAAGACCGGUUUCGAGAUCGUCGAAACAGGUAAAUCUGAAUCAUUAGAUGAUACAUACUUGCUCCAGUACACAAGAUAACACACAAGAAACGAUCUUGGUUCUCUCUGCCUUUACUCGAUUGUUUUUGUUUUGGAGAAUCGGAGAGAAGAAUCAAGACACAUAAGAUUGAUUGUUAAUGCAUUUGUUUGUUGUGUAAAAGUAUAGUGAAAUGUGUCUCUUAAGCUGUUAUGUAAACUUGUAAAAGUAUAGUCUAUUGUCUUAAGUUUCAUGUAACAAUUGCAUUCAUUCAAUAUAUGAAUUUGAAGUA